UCUAUGCAUAAACACUGUCCUUGAGUAAAUAAUGUAGGGAGAAGGUGGGUCGGUAAACGGUCCCAGUUGGUUUCUCUCAUCGUUAAAUUUAGUGCUUUACUCGGCUCAAAAUGUCAGUGAAACAUGCUCUCGGUCGGGGGUUGGAGCUGGGAAGGUCGCUUCUCCAGCUGGGGCUCUUUAAACCAGCCGGCCGUGUGGCAGCGAAGCUCCGCGGCGAGAGGCUGCGUGUGUCCCGCUCGACCCGCACCGUCCAGCCGCAGACCUUCCUGCCCGCUCGGUUCCGCUUCUUCCGCCGCUCUCUCAGCGGGCUGGCCGCCCAGCUCCAGUCCGGGGCUUUCAGGAGAGGGCUUGGAGGUGGUGCUCCCAGAAACAGAGCUGUUUUCCUGGCUUUUGGGGUCGGUUUGGGGCUGAUUGAACAGCAGCUGGAGGAGGACAGGACAAGCGCUGCUCUGUGUCAGGAGAUACAGGCCGUAUUCAGAAAGAAGAAGUUCCAGACCCCUCUGAAGUCUUUUACAUCAGGGUACAAGUUGGAGGACUAUGUGAUUGGGAAACAGAUCGGGAAGGGUUGUAAUGCAGCGGUGUAUGAGGCAGCGGCUCCGUUCGCGACCCCUGCGGAGAGCGGGAAGUGUUCGCUGGUGGAACUCAACCAGAAAGAAACAGAUGAUGACAAUAAGAAAGCAGGACCACUUCGAUUCUCAGCUACACCCAGCUUUCCUUUAGCUAUGAAAAUGAUGUGGAACAUUGGGGCUGGUUCAUCAAGUGACGCCAUCCUUCGCUCUAUGUCUAUGGAGUUGGUUCCUGCAUGUCCACAGGCCUUAACGGAAGAGCAAAGAGAGUUCGCUUUGGAUGGCCACUUUGGAAUGGUGCCUAAAAGACUGACCGCUCAUCCCAACGUGAUCACAGUGUACCGGGCCUUCACUGCUGAAGUCCCGCUGCUGCCUGGAGCUCAGGAGGAGUACCCCGAUGUCCUGCCUGCCCGACUCAAUCCACUGGGUUUGGGCAGCAAUCGCACACUGUUCCUGGUCAUGAAGAAUUAUCCAUGCAGCCUGCGGCAGUACCUGGGGGUGUGUGUGCCAAACCGGAUGCAGGCGUCUCUCAUGCUGCUGCAGCUGCUGGAAGGGGUGGAUCACCUGUGCAAGCAGGGCAUCGCUCACAGAGACCUCAAAUCAGACAAUGUGCUCCUGGAGUUUGACAGCACUGGGUGUCCCAGACUGGUGAUCACUGACUUCGGCUGUUGUCUGGCAGAGGAUUUGGGCCUCAGGCUGCCCUUCAACAGCUGCUGGGUUACCAGAGGGGGAAACGCCUGUCUGAUGGCGCCUGAGGUGGCCACAGCAGUUCCAGGUCCAGGGGUGAUGAUAGAUUACAGUAAAGCAGACGCCUGGGCUGUAGGGGCCAUCUCCUAUGAGCUCUUCAGUCAGCCGAACCCCUUCUACAGCUCGGAGGGAUUGGAGAGUCGCACUUAUCAGGAACAACAGCUUCCUCCACUUCCUGCUUCUGUACCUGAUGAUGUACAGCUAGUAGUGAAGCUACUGCUACGCAGAAACACUCGCAAGCGCCCCAGUGCACGUGUAGCCGCUAACAUGCUUCACAUCACCCUGUGGGGCAAGCGUGUGUUGGCCAGCUUGGAUCGGGCCAGAAUGGAUGAGCUGACGGACUGGCUGCUGUGUCAGUCUGCUGUGGUGCUGCUGAAGGGUCGAGGGUCCGGCGGGAGCUCCGUGGAAGCUGAACUCCAGAGAUGCUUCCUCGCCAACAUAGACCUGGAGGACCUCCGCGCCGCAGUCAGCUUCCUCAUGUACGGACAAGAGCAGUGGAAAUCCCUGCUAGUGCACUACACUGAGCCUUAGUGUGUGAGUGAGUGUUUACCAGAGAAACAAGCACAGCUCAGUACCAGUCUUUUUUUGUAGAUUGUGGAAGCACUUUAAUUUUAAUGUCCUUAACUGACAUAUUUUGAAAUUAUGGCAGUUUAUGCAUUUGCACUUUUCACUAUAUAUAUACAUUUAGAAUACUUUAUGCUUUUGAUGACUCUUUAGAAUAACAGCUUAAACCAGGUACAAAUUCAUGCAUAAUGUAAUGCAUUAAUAUCCACAGUAUAUCACGCUAUACUGAAUAUUGCUUUAAAAAGUAGGCAAAUGAAUGCAGAAUAAAUUAUACAGUUGAUGGUUUUCUGACAGGAUAUUCAAUAGAAAUCUGAGCUCAACUUUUGGUAACUGAUUGCAUCAUGAAAUGUCACUGGAGCAGAGUUGGUUGGAGGGGUUGAAAAAGGAAUUGGGGUUUGUGAUGUCACUUUAGAGAUUGAGCAAGUGAUUAUAUUUGGAUGAAUUCGCUAUUACAAUCUUUAGAUGAAUUGUCAUUGUGCAUUAAAGGAAACGGUGAAUUUUGAAUGCACGUUGACUUCAUGGUACAUGGCCUGGAAAGGAGAUAAAUGGCAAAAACAAUAAAGAAUUUGAAUAGUAUUGAAAUAAUGUGUUCAUUUGCAUGUGGCAAUAAAACAGUUUGGCAAUAAAUUAAACGUUAAUAUUUGCA